GGAAGAGGCAAACAGUAGCUCAAAUGUAACUCAUCAUUUCCACCAAGAAAGUGUAGCAUGGCUGCUGUAAAGAUGGACUUCACCAUUCGCCCUGCAGCCAAAUCAGACUGCAAAGACAUAUGGAGACUGAUAAGGGAGUUGGCAAUUUAUGAAAAAGUGGUUGACGAAGUGGUCCUGUCUUAUGAAGAAUUUGAGCGGGAUGGUUUCGGCAAAAACCCCUUGUUUGAAUCUCUAGUUGCAGAAGUACCUGAGGAGAAUAAAUCUAAAGAAGGAUUCACAGUUGUAGGUGUUGCCCUUUUCUAUUACACAUAUUGCACAUGGAAGGGACGAGCAGUCUAUUUGGAGGAUUUGUACGUGAUGACAGAAUUCAGAGGGUGUGGCAUCGGGAAAGGUUUACUGAGCACACUUGCUAAGGUGGCCAAAGAGAAGUUGUGCACUUUACUGGAGUUGGAUGUGUUGGACCAAAACAGUCGUUCAAGAGCCUUCUAUGCUGCAAAAGGAGCUUGGGACGUUACCGCCAUGGAUAACUGGCACACCCUGCGUUUUGAUGCAGUCAGCCUCAACAAAUUAGCCAACGAAGCCCCUUAAAGUUAAAAUUGGCAUUGAAAUACCAAAAAGGAAAAAUGUAGAGUUCCUUAAAUGAAACUUGAAAUCUAUUUUUG